GGGUUUAUUGAGGGUUUUAGCUGUGAGUCGCAGAAAACGGCUUCCUCCACUAAGCUCGUCAAUGGCGGUUCUCAGUCCCUACUUGAACUAGCAUGCGAAUAGUCAACCCCCAUUUUCCCAUCAACAUCCUCAAUUCAUUCUAGUUUUUCCCAUUAUUGGCACCCAUGUUGAAGGUUUUGACAUCCUCAUGUCUGCAAAAUCGUUUCCACGCCGUCACAACGUCGUUUACCCCUCAAGUUCGGCGUGGAACUGAGUCGAAUACGCCAUUGCUUCAGGUUUUAGGUUCCCUAAGAAGUUCAAACAGUAGAGGCCCCUAUUUGUAUCGGCGAUUCUUUUGUUCAGAUUCUACUGAUGGGUCCGAACCGAAUUCCGAAGCUAAGCAGGUCGAGGGCGAAAUUGAAGUUGGAGAUGCUGAUUCAAACGCUUCCGCAGCAAUUGUUCCUACUGUAUUUAGGCCUGAAGAUUGCCUAACGGUUCUAGCGCUGCCACUUCCUCACAGACCAUUAUUUCCAGGGGUUUAUAUGCCUAUUUAUGUAAAGGAUCCUAAGGUAUUAGCAGCCUUGGUGGAAAGUCGAAAAAGGCAAGCACCUUAUGCUGGUGCUUUCCUUAUAAAAGAUGAGCAAGGGACUGAUCCUAAUGUUGUGUCUGCAUCAGAUACAGAAAAAAACAUCUAUGAGCUCAAAGGAAAAGACUUGUUUAGCCGUCUUCAUGAAGUUGGUACACUUGCUCAGAUAACAAGUAUUCAAGGAGACCAGGUUAUUCUUAUUGGUCACAGGCGGAUACGUAUGACAGAAGUGGUCAGCGAGGAACCCCUUACAGUGAAAGUUGAUCAUCUCAAGGAGAAGCCGUACAACAAAGACGACGAUGUUAUUAAGGCAACAUCUUUUGAAGUUCUAUCAACCCUACGAGAUGUUUUGAAGACAAGUUCUCUUUGGAAAGAUCAUGUUCAAACUUAUAUCCAGCAUAUUGGUGAUUUCAAUUAUGCAAGGUUAGCAGAUUUUGGAGCAGCAAUAUCUGGAGCCAACCAGCUGCAAUGCCAGCAAGUGCUUGAAGAGCUAGACGUGCAUAAACGACUACAACUUACUCUGGAGAUAGUGAAGAAAGAAAUGGAGAUCAGUAAGAUUCAGGAAUCAAUAGCAAAAGCGAUUGAAGAAAAAAUAAGUGGAGAGCAACGCCGUUAUUUAUUGAAUGAGCAAUUAAAGGCCAUAAAGAAGGAACUAGGUUUGGAGACGGAUGACAAGACAGCUCUUUCUGCAAAGUUUAGGGAAAGGCUGGAGCCUAACAAAGAAAAAAUACCGGCUCAUGUCAUGCAAGUUAUUGAAGAAGAACUUACAAAACUGCAACUACUGGAAGCUAGUUCAAGUGAAUUCAAUGUGACACGUAAUUAUCUUGAUUGGUUGACUGCCUUGCCAUGGGGUAGUUACAGUGAUGAGAACUUUGAUGUACUACGGGCAGAAACAAUUCUUGAUGAAGACCACUAUGGGUUAAGCGAUGUUAAGGAAAGGAUUUUGGAAUUUAUAGCUGUGGGAAAACUCCGAGGAACCUCACAAGGGAAAAUCAUAUGCCUCUCUGGCCCUCCUGGAGUAGGCAAAACCAGUAUAGGUCGUUCAAUUGCACGUGCAUUGAACCGCAAGUUCUACCGAUUUUCUGUUGGAGGGUUGUCUGAUGUCGCUGAAAUAAAGGGACAUCGACGGACUUAUAUUGGUGCCAUGCCAGGGAAGAUGGUGCAAUGUUUAAAAAGUGUGGGAACAGCUAAUCCUCUUGUUUUGAUAGAUGAAAUUGAUAAGCUGGGAAGGGGACAUGCUGGUGAUCCAGCAAGUGCUAUGUUGGAGCUUCUUGAUCCAGAACAGAAUGCAAAUUUCUUGGAUCAUUAUCUUGAUGUCCCUAUUGAUUUAUCAAAGGUUUUGUUUGUCUGCACAGCCAAUGUCUUGGAAAUGAUACCUAAUCCUCUUUUGGAUAGAAUGGAGGUAAUUGCAAUUGCUGGUUACAUUACUGAUGAGAAACUGCACAUAGCCCGGGAUUAUUUGGAAAAAAGUACCCGUGAAACAUGUGGGAUCAAGCCUGAACAGGUUGAAGUGACUGAUGCAGCUCUUCUCGCUUUAAUAGAAAAUUACUGUAGAGAAGCCGGUGUUCGCAAUCUGCAGAAGCAAAUUGAAAAGAUUUAUCGCAAGAUAGCUCUAAAGCUUGUUAGGAAGGAUGGCAAGAUUGAGCCCCAGAAUGCAGGGGUAAAUGAGGUAAAAGCAGAAUCUGUCCAUAUAUCAGACGAAAUCAAGUCUAAGGAAGAAACUCAGGCUGGAGCUAAGUCUGUAGAGGGUACCAAUGAUGACAAGCCCUCUGAAAAUGUUGCUGAAUCUCUGGAAGCACCAGUAAACCAAAUGCAGAAGCCUAUUGAUGAAGAUACUCAUUUACAGGAAGUUGAGGAAGUUACAGAAAGUGAAGCAAGUAAAACAAUAGAAAAAGUGGUUGUGGACUCACCAAACCUAGCUGAUUAUGUUGGCAAACCUAUUUUCCAUGCUGAGCGCAUAUAUGAUCAGACCCCAGUUGGAGUUGUGAUGGGUCUUGCUUGGACUUCAAUGGGUGGCUCAACACUCUAUAUAGAAACGUCUUUGGUGGAGCAAGGAGAAGGAAAAGGGGCUCUCAAUGUAACAGGACAACUAGGCGACGUUAUGAAAGAAAGUGCCCAAAUUGCCCAUACGGUUUCCAGGAUCAUUUUGCAGAAGAAGGAGCCUGAUAACCACUUCUUUGCAAAUAGUAAGCUUCAUCUUCAUGUUCCUGCGGGUUCUACCCCUAAGGAUGGCCCUAGUGCUGGUUGUACUAUGAUAACAUCCUUGUUGUCUCUUGCCAUGAAAAAGCCUGUUAAACCUUACCUGGCAAUGACCGGGGAAGUCACGCUAACUGGAAAAAUUCUUCCCAUCGGCGGGGUCAAGGAGAAAACCAUAGCAGCACGGCGAAGUGAUGUGAAAACUAUAAUAUUCCCUUCAGCUAAUCGAAGAGAUUUUGACGAGCUUGCUCCUAAUGUCAAGGAAGGCCUUGAUGUACACUUUGUGGAUGAGUACAAGCAAAUAUAUGAUUUGGCAUUUUGACAACUAUAGUAUAGAAUAUUUAAGUUGCUCUUGGAGACGAAUUGUCCAGC